CUUUUGCUUAUGUCGGUACUCUAUACUGCUUGUGGUAAACUCCACUAUAUGCUACUUUGACCCUGUCUAUCACUGCAAAAAAGGCGUAUUAAAGCUCGCAUUGUAAUGGCAUAGUUCAGCCAUCUCUCAGGCUUUUCCCUGCGGUCUCGUCUUCUCCUUACAGCAGACCACCUGUAAUCUGAGGGGAGGGAGCUGUCCGUUCAGCACCACGGUCCACCUGCGGGGCGGGGGGACCCGGGAACGAGUGGAUCGCAGAACUUGCGUGGCGAAGAAUAAAAAAAUAACCCCCCCCCCCCCCCCCCCAAAAAAAAAAAUAAAAAAUAAAAAUUCCAAUCCAAACCUCAAAAAUAGGAGGAGGAUUUUCCUUGCAGGUUGUAAGCAUUUUGGUUGCAGCACUCAUGCAGACGGAUAGAGACAGUGACGCCGAGCUGCACAAAAACAAGCAUCCCCGGCUUGGUUUCUGCACUGGACUCCACUGAAUUCAGCCUCGAUUCGACAUAAGAGAUUAAUUUAUCUUUUUUUAACACUCUGCAAGAGAACCUCGGCGUCCUAAUGCAAGAAAAUCCACCAUGAGCUCUUGAAGCAGGCGCUUGGACGACACAGAGAAGACAAUGUCCUCCAUUCUCCAGGGGCUCCUCCUGGCAGAGACCUGUCUCUAUGUCUAUGGAGCCCCCACCUACGCCCCAGGCUUUGACCAGAUGCAGGGCGGGUCAUGUGAAGAGCACUGUGCCAGCUCAGUGACAGCAGAUGGAGUAACAUACCCCACAGAGUCUGUUCCCUUGGAGAAAGAGCACGUUACCAGCUUCAGUCUGAAUGUAGGUGCAGGAGGAGGGACUGGCCCACAUGGAGGACCAGAGGGGAUAGACCCAGUGACGCAGACAGAAAAUGGGGACAGCGCCGGUAGACGGUUCGGGUUGAGCAAGGCUGGUCGAGAGGCACAAAAGAAGACUGAGAGCAUAUCUGAAGAGGAAAAUGUGGAUAGUGCAAAAGAAGACAAGCCUGUCGGCAGCACGCCUUUAGGUCCAACAGAUGGGAGAGAGCGGUUGGACACGGACAUGAAUACCCAUACACAGUCGUCUUAUUGGGCCUCCGUUGCACCACAGACGGACUCUUCCUACAGCCAACAGAGCAAACAAGGUGGAACAGACCGGACAAAGCCAUCUGCUUUUGAUUCUGGGCAGGGUGAAUACUCAGAAGCAACCUUGCAAUCUUCCACAGAGCCUCGAAACACUCCCCUGUGGUCCCCGACACUGGCGUCCCUUAGUCCCAUCCCUCCGUCAUUGUUGGUCACUCCUCGGACUUCCACACAUCUGACAGUCUGGGGCCAUGAUGGACCAACAAAAUCCUCACCUUCGGAUCUGAUGUUACCUGAAAUUGGACCAUUAAACAUGAUGCCCAGAGAUGAUGGCCUGGAAAGCCUGUGGACUGAGGCAGCAAGACCUACUGGAGCAGACACGGCGGUCCCACUCUCUCAGGAUGACGCCACGGAGGCCACCAUGUCAUCAGAGGCGCUUCCCCUCAUCUUCGAGCCCUUCGAAGAUGUCACAGAGGAGGGCCCGGCCGGAGCAGCGGCGGUGGCGGUCUCCCAAGCGCCAGUCCGGUCUCCUGGUGCCAUGGCAACCAGGCUGCAGCCUACGUCAGAGGUGGACCCUGACCAGCUGGCCGCAAUGAACACUGACAGCGACGGCCCCUCCAGAGAGCCCCCAGUCCUUCUCUCUGACUGGACAUCACCUUGGCAGGCGUCUGGCUCCGAGCUGCUGGAGCCGGCCAGCACCUUGGGAGCCUCUGCUUCGCCGCAGCAGAUCCAAACUGAGCAGGAGGAUCGUCCAGGGAAAGAUGCUAUGGGGACCAUAAACUCUGUAACCAACAUGCCCUCAGCAGCAUCCUACCUCCCACCCCUCCACAAUGCAAUGACAACCAUGGCGAGCCAUCAGCUCUUGCACAACUCCAGAACAGGGUUAGACGAGAUGGAGUCUGAGGAGGAGCUGGAUGAGGACGACGAGAACUCCGAGGAAUCGGUGGAGGAAGACAGUGAAGAAGACCUGACAGAAACGCAUAAAGCAUCCUCCUCUCGGCCACCGUACAGUCUCAUCCCUCCGCCACCCGUCUGGGUUCAGCGCAACCAGGGGCUGAUGCGUAGCUGGGCAGAGCUGAUCAGAGAAAAGGCUGGUUAUGUGUCUGGGAUGUUGGCCCCCGUGGGAAUUGGCAUCACGGGGGCCCUGUUGAUUGUCGGCGCCCUCUACAGCAUCCGAAUGCUCCACCGCAAAAGAAGGAACAGCUUCAAACACCAGAGGAGGAAGGCCAGGCAGCCAGAGCAGCCUCGGGAGCCUGGCACCAGCUGCCAGGAUCAAGCCAUGCUACUGGCUGACAGCUCUGAGGAUGAAUUCUGAGGGCGGAUUUUCAGGCGUCUUUUUCGGGGGGUGAUCUUUAGCAGAUGCUCCCGUAGAAGUAGUCUGGCAAAGGUCUCUAUCGCCAUAACUGUAUUUCCCAUCAGCUUUGCCCGUUUUGGGCACGGCUCGUCUGAUUUACCGAAGGCAACUUGAGCAGUGUGAACACGCGGCACACAGGUCAGCUUUAAACCCGCUUGUGUUUGCAGUGUCAACACUGCUCUGAAAGUUUGUCAAGGUAUAUACAGUUUUGGUAUAAAAGGCCCCAUUUCAGUUCUUGGCGUUUACAAAUUGAGACAAAAAUGACCUUGUUUCCCCGGUUGUAAAAGUUAUUUCACUCAAGUGUACAGAAACAGACAGCAGAUUCAACACUGUCCCAGUUUUUUAAACACAGAUGAGGCUUAAAAUAGAAUCACGGAGAAAUCCUGCAGCCCUCGUUGCCAGGUCAUAAUUUGGGCAUAAGUUAAAGAUGCACAAAACUACUUUGGUAUACAGAGAUAAGUUUGUUAUAACAAUAAUACAUUUAUUUCAAUGUGACUCUCAAAACGCUCAAGGACACUGUACAGAACAAGCAGCAUAGUAACAAUAAAGAUAAAGCAACAAACAAUAAAAGUGAACCGGCGAUCACAGAGAGUACGCACUUUUGAACAGAUGAGUUUUGAGUUUCGACUUGAACUGGUCGAGGGUGUCACAGUAUUGUGGAUGUCUGGAGGGAGAGAAAUCCAGAGUUUGGGAGUAGAGGAGAGAAAUCUCUGCUCCCCAUGGUGCUGAGGUGGGAAGGAGGAACAGUGAAAUGAACGGAUGAGGAGGAUCUAAGGGAGCAGGAAGAAGUAGCAAUAUGAAGAAGAUGAGAAAGGUAGAGGGGAACGAGGUUGUGGAGGGCCGUGAAGGUGUACAGACGGACGUUUUAUUCUAUUCUGAAUCUAACCAGGAGCCAGUGGAGCUGCUCCUGGUUAGAUUCAGGACUGGGGUAAUGUGGUGAAAUGAGGAGCUUUUGGUAAUAAUGUGAGCAGCUGAAAUCUGAACCACGUUUGGAUGAAGGCCAAAGAGAAAAGAGUUACAGUAAUCCAUGCAAGAGGUGACAAGGCUAUGGACAAGAAGUGAUGGGCAGUGAGGGAAAAAGUAGGGACGAAGGCGAUUAAUGUUGUGUAGAUGAAAAAAGGUAGAAUGGGUGAUGGUAUUGAUGUGAGAGUAAAAGGAUAGAGCACUAUGGAGGAUGACACCCAGACUCUUGACCUGGGGUGUGGGGGAGACUAUAGAAUCAUCAAGUGAAAGAGAGAAACUCUCAGCUUUGGAUAAUAUAGAUUUGGUUCCUUCAAGGAAGAUCCCAGUGUUACCA